AUGGAUCCAAACAACCGCAAUAACAUGAAUUACGGCUAUGACCGUAACUACAAUGCCAACCUCAAUAACCCCAACAAUCGCGCCUAUCCCACUACUCCCUCCGCUUUCCCACAGCCCAUCUAUCCGGCUCAGGGGGCUCAGGAGCAGGUCGAUCCCUCCAACCCAGCCUAUGCCCCAGGUUAUUUCCUGCAGAACAACUACCCACCUCAGGUGCAAGCCCAGCAACAGCAAUACGCCCAGCAACAACAGUACGCACAACAGCAAGCCUUGCAAUCACCCCAGCCCGCCUACCAGACACGUCCAGGCUACCCUGAUGGCACCAACGGGUUGAUCCAGCACUUUUCCAACCAGGAUCUCAACGCAAACCGUGCAGGAUUCUUCAAUAAUCGUGCUGCGUCCCCAGCGCAGCGACCUCGUACAGCUGGCGGUUCCCCUGCUCAAGCACCGGGCCAAGCAUCACACCUGAUCCCCCCAAUGCCUCGCAGUCCUCGCCCGCCCUCUGAGAACGAAGAAUUACAGCGGUUCCCUGACCGAUACUCGGAGAAUGUGCACAAGCGGGGCAAGGCAGCCAAGGAGUUGGUGACAGUAUUCUUCCACGAGAACAUUGACCGGGCCCGUGAUCGUAACAUGCGCUCUGCGGAACUUGACAAAACAAUCGGUGACCCCAAUGUCCCCAUCGAAAAGAAGCGCCAGGAUGCAGAUAUCAUCUCAAAGAGAGAAUCUGACUUCCUUCGAUUCCUGCGGACCAAGGAAACACCAGCCAACUUCCAGACUAUCAAAAUUAUCGGAAAAGGUGCUUUCGGUGAGGUCAAGCUUGUGCAGCGUAAAACUGAUAGCAAGAUUUACGCUCUCAAGUCGUUGAUCAAGACAGAGAUGUUCCAGAAGGAUCAAUUGGCUCACGUCCGCGCCGAGCGUGAUAUUUUGGCGGACUCAAAGGACAACCCUUGGCUUGUGAAGCUGCAUGCAUCGUUCCAGGACUCUGCGUACCUUUACCUUCUGAUGGAGUUCUUGCCUGGUGGUGAUCUGAUGACCAUGUUGAUCAAGUACGAGAUCUUCUCUGAAGACAUUACUCGAUUUUACAUGGCUGAGGUUGUAAUGGCCAUUGAGGCUGUACACAAGCUUGGCUUCCUUCAUCGUGAUAUCAAGCCUGACAACAUUCUGCUUGACCGGGGUGGCCAUGUAAAGCUUACUGACUUCGGUCUCUCAACCGGUGGCAAAAAGACCCACGACAACGCUUAUUAUAAGAACCUCCUCAAGAACUCUACCUCCAAAGAUCGGAACCGCAACUCUGGUUACUUUAACGAUGCAAUUAACCUUACCGUAUCCAAUCGUGGUCAAAUCAACACCUGGCGAAAGUCCCGCCGUGCGAUGGCCUAUUCCACCGUUGGAACUCCUGACUACAUUGCUCCUGAAAUUUUCAACGGCCAAGGAUAUACCUAUCUGUGUGAUUGGUGGUCUGUCGGUGCUAUUAUGUUCGAAUGUCUUGUUGGAUGGCCUCCGUUCUGUGCCGAAGACAACAAUGACAUUUACCGGAAAAUUGUCAACUGGAGGGAGUGUUUGUACUUCCCAGAUGAAUUGGUUCUUUCGCGUGACUCCGAGGGUUUGAUCCGAAGUUUCUUGUGCGAUCCAGACCACCGUAUUGGCAGUGAAGGGGGGCAGCAUGGAGGCGCGCAACAGAUCAAAAAUCACCCCUUCUUCCGGGGAGUUAUUUGGGAUCAACUUCGGGGCAUCCGUGCUCCGUUCGAGCCGCGUCUCAGCUCGAACAUCGAUGUGUCCUACUUCCCGAUUGAUGAGAUUCCUCAGGAAGACACUAGUGCCAUCCACCGUGCCCAAGCUCGUGCCAUGCCCGACUCACAGGAAGCCGAGAUGAGUCUUCCCUUCAUCGGCUACACCUACAAGGCUUUUAAUGCCUUCCAGAGUAAUUAA